UACAGCGCCUCAAAUCGGCCACUUCCACUCCCACUACGCCGCUUCCCUUUCCCUUCCCUCUCCCCUCAAACACCUCGCCACCCAGAACCUUCUACCGAAAAACGCAUCGAGCUUCGCCAUGGCUGCCACCCCAUCCUCCCACUCCGUCGUCCUUGCAUGGGGCUCAGGGGAAGAUGGGCAACUUGGAAUGGGCGACUCGGAAGAGAAGGACUGGGUCUGCUGCGUCAAAUUCCUCGAAUCCGAGAACGUAACCGCUGUCGUCGCCGGCAGCCGGAACUCCCUCGCCAUCUGCGAGAGCGGACAUCUGUUUACCUGGGGAUGGAACCAGAGGGGAACCCUGGGCCAUGCCCCGGCAACCAAAACCGAGAGUCUUCCCAGCCUCGUCGAGUCCCUCGCCGCGGCCAAUGUCAAGAUCGUUCAGGCGGCUAUUGGUGGGUGGCAUUGCCUGGCUGUAGAUGAUCAGGGGCGAGCUUAUGCAUGGGGUGGGAAUGAAUAUGGGCAGUGCGGGGAGGAGCCGGAGAGGAAAGAGGAUGGAACCAGGGCUCCGAGAAGGGACAUCAUGACCCCACAACGUUGUGCUCCAAAGCUUUCUGUUCGGCAGGUAGCUGCUGGAGGGACGCACUCUGUGGUGCUGACACGAGACGGUCAUGUGUGGACUUGGGGCCAACCGUGGCCUCCUGGAGAUAUUAAACAAAUAUGUACUCCUGUACGAGUACACGGCCUGGAAAGGGUGAGGCUGAUUGCUGUUGGUGCCUUUCAUAACUUGGCACUUCUAGAGGAUGGAACAUUAUGGGCAUGGGGUAAUAAUGAAUAUGGCCAGCUAGGAACUGGGGAUACACAACCAAGAUCACACCCUAUUCCUGUUCAAGGACUAUCUGGUCUCACUCUGGUCGAUAUUGCUGCAGGAGGUUGGCAUUCAACUGCAUUGACUGAUAAUGGAGAGGUAUAUGCUUGGGGAAGAGGGGAACAUGGGAGGCUUGGAUUUGGAGAUGACAAAAGCAGCAAAAUGGUGCCCCAGAAGGUUCAGCUCCUAGCUGGGGAAGAUAUUGUCCAGGUAUCCUGCGGGGGCACUCAUUCAGUUGCAUGCACACGUGAUGGACGAAUGUUUUCGUAUGGAAGAGGAGACCAUGGGCGUCUCGGUUAUGGAAGGAAAGUGACAACUGGUCACCCAAUGGAAGUGCCUAUAGACUUGCCACCACCAAGGAAUUGUCUCAGCGCUCGUGGGCGAUGGUGUUCUAAGUUUGUUGCCUGCGGCGGACGUCAUACUUUAGCAAUUGCCACAUGGAUUGAUGAGCCUGAAGAGUCACUAUUGAGCUAAAGACUACUAGCUAUCUGGUGUCCAGUCCACGCUCUGAACUACUGUGUAUCCUAAUACUCCUAAUUUGAAGACCUAAAUUGUUAGUUCUCUUAUGGAGAAAAAUAAAUGUUUUAGAUAAAUGAAUAAGAAUGAGAGUAUUCUGUUUCAAUCCAACAUUUUAGUUCAGAGAGGGGGUGUUUCGGGUAAGUAAUCAAGCCUGCAGUGCUUCUGACAUUUGGUGGAAGAAUUCAGCAUAUGAUCUUUGAAUUAAUGAGGGAUCUUCUGCAA